CGGUCUUUGUUUGCACACCACCAAUACGUUGCAUUCGUUCUGGGCUCUAAAUAAACGUUGCUUUGCUCCUUCUUCUCUCCCCCUCUCCCCCUCACACACUCUCUGUUGUCCCCCCUCACUCUCAUGAACGGCGUCCAUCAGGUAGAGGAGCAGUACCAGAAACGUGCUCGUAUGGAGAUGGAACUGAUGGGUGAGAAACACCAACACGAAAUGGAGACGCUCAAGGCAGAGUUGGAUGCCAACAUGAGGGAGCUACAAGAAAUACAGAACGAGAAGAAGAUGAUGCUGACACAGCACGAGAACAAGAAGCUGAAGGAGAGAGACGAGCAGCACACGCACGAACUGCGAGACUGGAGGAGUGACCUCACCAAAAGGAGACAGGCACUGGAGGAGAAGUUCCAAAACCAGAGGGAAGACCACGAGAGGUUCUACUCCACUUUUAACCCUCGCCACCCUCUCUCUGGCACCCUCUCCACCCCCGCCGUGGACGGCUCCGAGAGGGUUAAAGCCGCCUCGUUCUCCGGCAAUUCCCCACGCCACAACCGCCCCUCCCAUCCCAACCGCUCCUCACUUCAGCCGCUGGACGAAGUCGUGGUGAUGUCAUCAGCAAACCCGUCUCUCUCGUCUCUGCCGGCCAGUAGACAGGCGUCCAGACCUAUCAGCAACGGUAGCAAUGCAUAGCUGCAGCCGCCAUGCCAAUUUUCCACAGACACACACACACCCACAAACUCUUUGACGUACACAUACAGUUCACAUCAUAACUGUGCCACCACAUGUUUGUACAUGAUGUUUUAUAGGCAUGUUUUUUGUACCCACCAAGUGUGUAUUUAUUAUCAGUGCAGCAUAUUUUUACAUGUAAGUAAUACAUGUAUUUACAGCACCAAAGAUUGGCAGCUGGCAGGGUAUAAUUAUUAAGGAUC